CUUCGCACACGUAUCGGACGGAACGGUCGAUCGGUAGCCGCCGGUAGCACGAGGCAUUCGACUCGACCGUGGUCUCUGUCAUCACGAUUGUGCUGUGUUUUGUGAUUCAGUUGAUUUUGUUGAACCUAAGAGCUUUAAGGUCGACAAACAGGAAGAUCCUUCGAGGGUGAUACUAGCACUAGGUUCAGUUUCGUUCCACUCCAAAAUCCUGCGUUCUCCAAGGAUGAAAAUCUGGGAUCUGAAGGAUGUGCACGGCGUUCCUCGAGACCGAUGGGUGGAUCGGAAUUAAACAGCACAGGCCACGUCGAUGCGAACAAUCCCACUCGAAGCACCGUCCUGUGAAGUAACUACCUCGAACAAUAAAACAAACUACUCGAGCAUCGAAGUCAGCACAAACGCCGGGCGAAUGCGAUUAUGGAGUGACGAAAUGGGCAAAGCCUCUUCAGCAACUUUUUACAAAGAAGUUGACCAAGAAAUAUGAACAAACUUCGUAGCCUCGCGGACCUCUGCUCGAGAUCAGUGAGCUGUUCUUUAUCGUCGCAAAGCUGAAGAAUUUUUCAUUACUUCUCGUUCUACUGAUUGUUUCAAUUCCAAUCUCGAUCCAUGCUUGAGACACUACGAUUGACAGAGUAGCCAGUCGCAGUGGUCAUAACUGAAAGGUCUACAUUAUCAACCGGAUCGAUCGCGAUAGGGAUAGAGUCACAAGGGAAUCCGUCAAGCGGACGGGAAUACGUCUCGUCGCUGUCUCCGUCAGUUUCAUUUGGAUAUAUCCCCGUUUCCUUUUAUCGCGAAUCUUCAUUCGGCCGUUGGACGCGUCCCGCAGUUCCACGUCCUCUCACGAGCAUAAAAAUAUAACGACUGGAGAUCCGGAGCGUCCACGGCUUAUGGGUGACGCCAGCGAGGGGCAGAGGGUGGCGAACAGAGCGCGGGGAUACGCGAUACCGCGGGAUCACCCGGUAUAAUCUCGUAAAACCCGCCGAAGAGUCCAUCUACGCGGGCGGUAAAGCCGUCGACGGCGUCCCGACGCUGGAAAUUGCCGCGCCGUGUAUCCGUGGCUGACAGUUCUGACGGUUGCUGGACUGCACUCGUCGCGAUAGGUGAAACGGAUAGAACAGGAUUAUCGGCGAUCGCAAUUUUAGCAACCGAGAAAGGAACUCUGGGAGACAGGAUCUCCGUGGAAAGUUUAUCCGUAUUUCCAACGGAUACUUAGAGUCCAAUUCGAAGCCUUUCAAUGACGAACACUUUCAUCUAACGGAGUCAUCGUCGAUCUGGGGUUCAACGAUUCGAGAAGAAAGGGAACACACUCGUGGAGAGUUUACCUGUGUUACUCAAAUUUCAAUAGCUUUAGCCACUCCAGUUGACAUCUUGGAUCUGAGUUUUACGAACUAAUGAAAGAACUCUGCGAGGCAGAUAUCCUGUAGAAAGUGUACCUGUUUUGUUUGUGGAUAUUUUGCUAGACUCAAAUAAAUAUUCGAAUCGUUUCAACGACAAACAUUUCCGUCUAACGGAGUCCUCAUUAACCUAAGAUACAAUAACUGAGGCAAAAGUCUACUAAGAUGCAGCCUCUUAAAGAAAUCAUCCGUGCCAACAGCGGAUACUAAGAUUUCGAAUAGUUAGACUCGUCUUACCACAGCAGCUGACAUCUCGGAUCUGAGUGUCACCCACAGACAAAAAAUCUCUAUGUACGAAGUCGAGUUGAUACUCGAAUGCUUGAGACUGUUUCAUCGUCGGUGCGUGUAGUGUAAAACCAGACUAGAUCAGUCCUGAUCCUUCGACGUGUGUGAAAUACUAUUCCGUGGGGUUUUUGUUAUGCCAGUGCGCGUUGCUUUAUCGCAGGCUACGUUUGGUUAGGAACCCGUCGGGGAUGGAUCAUGUGCACGUGAAAUCGAGGUCAGCCUCCAAGAGUAACCCGACGAAAAUGGCGUGCGAGAAAGCGACCAGACGACUGAGGACGGUUUUGGUGAAGGCGUCACGUCUUGGCGUCUCUACGACGGAGGUUGCCAGGCUGCCCACCGCCAAGAAGCUCAUUCCGCAAAGGGAUCACGGAUGGAAAUUGGCGGUGUUCCUUCUACUGAUGUUUUGCGGUGGUGUGAUCGUCGCGCUGGCCUGCACCGCGAGGAAAGGCUGCUCGAAGCCGGAGGAAAUCAUGGAACAAUUUCCCAACUUUCACCAAGAGGUUACGGUGCCGCUCUUAACGCAUGGAUCUGGAAUCCGCCUCCAACAGCAGAGCGAAAAAGAGGAAAGGAACAAACCAUUCGAGACGCCCGGUUGCUGAAUUGGAAUUUAUUAUGCGACCUCUGUUUUCCUCUCGUGUAGACUCGUGUAAUUUGAUAAUAUUACGCACAGGAACAGGAGGCAGGGGUCGGAUGAAUAGUAAAGUAGAAGGAUCGUACGUACCCAUUACCACAAUUCACCGCCAUUAGUUAUGAAAUAUUCUUGCUCACGAUACCGAUGCUUCAGGAAUUCAUUGUCGACUCGACGAAGACAAAUACGGCGAAAUAGAAUUAUCCAUCUCUUCCGAAGGAAAUUGCUACGGAGUUUAUUAGAGUUAAUAAAGAAUACACGUAGUUGGCGAUUGUGCUCGCAAAUUCUCGAGAUUCGUUAAUAAAUUUCUACAGUGGAUCGUCGAUCAUUGGAGAAAAUCUUAACUGAAAAUUCCAAAAAUAAUCGAGAUUCUUAGGA